ACGACAUGGACCCAACAUUCAUGUUACCAGAGUCACCACCAGAUUCUGGUUCAGAACCGUGUUCACCUCCGCAAAUACCAGACGUGAGCUACGGCUACCAGGAAGUGUUCCAGACAGUGACACGUCCUCCAGCCUCACUGUGCCGAUAUAAAGAGCUGGCACCACAACCCCCACCACACCCAGGACUGCCAUACCACCAGGGGCUGACUAACUCUUACACCAAGGCAGGCACAUCUCCAGGCUCACUGCCCCACAACCCCCCCCUCCACCACCCCCACUACCUGAGCCCAGGGGAGAGCUAUAUACAGUCUAACACUGCCCCCACACCGCCAGUCCACCACAAGGCUCCCCAGCAGCAUCAGCCUCCUCCAUGCCAGGGCCUGGCAGACAGCUACCCCAGGGCCAACGCACCCCCGGUCCCAGAACUACCUCCAGGCCAAGCCCCAUACCUAGCCUCAGGCCUCGGGCUGCCCUCAUCCUGCCUACUACCUGUGCCUGGAUGCCCUUCAGAACCAGGAUAUUCAUACCUGCCUCCCACAGCUGGUCAAUACACAGGGCUUAUAUUGCCUGACUGUAGGAAGAGAAGACUAACAGAACCCCUUGAGGUACAGAACCAUUUAGCGGCUGUUCCUCUAGCAGGGGGCUCCGAGAGGGGAGGCGGUGACGUCCCGUCCUAUGACAGUGACGGGGCCACAGAGAGCAGCUCUGGGAUGGGGACCUAUCAGCUCCUCACCUGGGAUCGCUACCAGCCUGGCCUGUGGACACCGCUCUACAACAGUAACUAUGACAUCCUCCCUUCUCCCGGUUACCAUGUGGACACCGAUAAAGGUUUCAACUACUCCACAGCUGACGAGUCCUUCGUGUGUCAGAAAAGAACCACUUUCAGGUCACAGUUCACUAGGGAUGGCCGGAGACCCCUGUACGUCAAAACACCCAACGGCCCUGCGCCGAUAGAGAGCUUCCACAUCAAGGUGUUUGGCGUGAAGCUUGAGGCACAGACUCACAAAGUCACCAUAGAGCAGUCCCAGCCGGAUCGCAGCAAGAAGCCAUUCCUGCCAGUCAAAGUGAGUCUACCAGGGGACAAGAUCACUAGAGUUACUCUGGGAAGACUGCACUUCAGUGAGACCACUGCCAACAACAUGAGGAAAAAGGGUAAACCCAACCCUGACCAGAGGUACUUCCUGAUGGUGGUGGGUCUGUAUGCCACAGUGAGGGAAGAGAGUUACCUGCUGAUAGCGUUCAUGUCAGAGAGGAUCGUAGUCAGGGCGUCGAACCCGGGCCAGUUUGAGAACGACAGUGAGGUGUUGUGGCAACGAGGACAGGCUCCGGACGCGGUGGUGUGCCAGGGGAGGGUGGGCAUCAACACAGACACCCCCGAUGAAGCCCUGGUGGUCUGUGGCAACGCUAAGAUCAUGGAGGUUAUGCAUCCCUCCGACAGCCGCGCAAAACACAACAUACAAGAGGUGGAUUCAACAGAACAGUUGAAGAGAAUAUCUCAGAUGAGGAUUGUGGAGUAUGACUACAAGCCUGAGUUCGCCUCAGAGAUGGGGAUCGAUCACAUACAUGAAACGGGCGUCCUAGCCCAGGAGGUGAAGGAGCUGCUGCCCACUGCUGUCAAAGGUGGGGACAUCACCUGUAGCGACGGAGAGAGGAUACGCAACUUCCUCAUGGUGGACAAAGAGCAGAUCUUCAUGGAGAAUGUAGGGGCUGUGAAGCAGCUGUGCAAGGUGACUGACAACCUGGAGAACAGGAUUCAGGAGCUGGAGGGGUGGAACACAAGGUCAGCCAAGCUAAAGGACAUGGGCAGCCCUGCUAACAGCAGAAACCCUGCUAACAGCAGCACUAAAGGGAAAAUAAACAGACACAGCAGUGUUCCACCACCACAGAAGCCAACACCUCUCAAAUCUGUCAAGGUAAAAGUUCCACCGCUGCUUAAACACAAGUUUGUCCAAGUCAGCGUGAUCAUUCUGGCAGCAACAAUGGCUUUCUGUUCUAUUGCCAUCACAGCUCUCUACAUGCUGACUCUGAGAGACGACGCCGGCAUGCUGCUUCCUGGAAACACCAACGAGACUACUGUGCAUCCUCUCUACACCACAACAGUCAGGACGACCUCAGUAAACCCAACAACCACCCCUGUCCCGUGGACCCCUGAUGUGGACUUCUGUAGCCUGAUCUACUGUGAAGAAGUGUUCUGCUGUCCCACUACAGCCUCCAUGGAUAAUACCAGCACCAUCUCUCCUGUCCUCCUCUCCUCCACUGUAUCUCCCACUACCAGGCCCUCUCUAGCAGAUAAAGGGAAAGACAAAUUCAAUGAAGAAAUCAAAGGUGCCGGAGAUUGGACAAACACAACAAUAAAGUCUUUUUUCAUCAAAGAAAACGAACAGAUCAUUGACUCUCGGUACUGUGAGAGGGGAAGCUGCGGGUCAGGAAACUACUCCUUCCAAAUCCCUAUCAGCAAGUUCGUCCCCACCAACAUGCGUGUCACUGUCCAGAUGAAUACCACAGAGCUGCUGGUUGUCCACCUGUGUCAUAAUGAUGAGAUGUUUAAAUGCUCUGCCUUGAUGGACCACGAUCAAACCAACGAAGAAUACAAUUUCAUAAAUACACAGGGCUACGUCCAUGAAUGGCCUCUGCCAGUGUCUCGAUUCUACAGGAGCUCCUACCACUUCCGCUCAGCAGUGGCUGACCCACAGGACGUCACCCUGCCAGGACCCACCGUCACAGGACCCCACAGGACCGUCACAGGGACCCACAGGACCCCACCAUCACAGGACCCCACCGUCACAGGACCCCACAGGACCCCAGGACCGUCACAGGACCGUCACAGUUGUCACAGGAGCCCACCGUCACAGGAUUUCACACCCCCACAGGACCCCACCGACCCCACCGUCACAGGACCCCAUCACAGGACCCCAGACCAGACCAUCACAGGACCCCAGGACCCCAUCACAGGACCCACAGGACCAGAUGUCUCCACUGUCACAGGACCCACCCACAGGACCCCAACGACCCCACCGUCACAGGACCCCAGGACCACCGUCAGGACCCCACCGUCACAGGAUUCACAGGACCCCAAUCACAGGACCCACACCACCACACCACAGGACCACACCGUCACAGGACCCCACCGUCACAGGAACCCACAGGACCCCACUGUCACAGGACCCCUUUAUUCUAACCAGGACCCCGUCCACAGAGACCCCACCGUCACAGGACCAUCACAGGACCCCAUCAGACCACAGACCCCACCGUCUCAGGACCCCACCGACCCCACCGAGGAGGACACCAUCACAGGGGAUGGAGGGGAGAAGUGGGUUGGACACCAUCACAGGACCCCAGAUGAGGAGACCGUCACAGGGACAGGACCGUGGAGGCAGAGGACACCACACCAUCACAGAGGAGUGGACCCUCACCUGGGGAUGGACAGGAGGGACAGGAUGGGACCCCACCGACAGCACCCCACCGUGGAGGCACAGGAGGUCACAGGAUGGGGUCACAGGCUGACAGGGUCACCUUACCCCACCGUCACAGGACCCCCAGUGCACCCCCACCAUCACAGGCAGAACCGUCACAGGACCCCACAGGACCAGGGGGGACCACCCCACCGGGGUGGGGGACCCCACCAUCACAGGACCACCACCCACCGUCCAGGGAUGGACCUCACAGGGACCCCACCGUCAGGGAGGAGAUGGACCGUGGGGAGGAUGGGGAUGGAUAGGAGGACCCCACAGGACCAGAUGUCACAGGGGAUGGAGGACCCCACAGGACUCCACCGUCACAGGGGAACCGACACCCACAGGACCCCACCAUCACAGGACCCCACCAUCACAGGGUCAUGGACACCGUCACAGGGACCCCCACCAGUCACAGGACCCCACAGGACCCCACCGUCACAGGACCCUGGACCCCAUGUCACAGGACCCCACAGGACCACCGUCAUCACAGGACCCCACCAUGACACCCACAGGACCCCACAGUCACAGGACCCCACCCAGGGACCACACAGUCACAGGGACCCCACCGUCACAGGACACAGGACCCCACCGUCACAGGAGCACAGGACCCCACCAUCACAGGACCCCCCGACAGGACCCUACAGUCACAGGACCCCACCGUCACAGGACCACAAUGUCUCAGUGACCACAGAGGACCACCCGUCACUACAGACCGUCACAGGACCCCACCGUCAGGUUUCACAGGACCCCACCUUCCCACAGGCCCCACCGUCACAGGACCCCACCGUCACAGGACCCACCGUCACAGGUCUCACAGGACCCCACCAGGACCACACCGACCCCACCGUCACAGGACCACCCACCGCCACAGGGACCCCCACAGUCACAGGACCCCACCGUCACAGGACCAUGUCACAGGACCCCUUCACCGUCACAGGACACACCCACAGGACCCCACAGUCACAGGACCCCCUGUCACAGGACCCCACCGUCACAGGACCACACCGUCACAGGACCCCUCCAGACCGUCAUCAGGACCCCACCGUCCAGGACCCCCAGGACCCCACCCACAGGUCACAGGACCCCCUUCCGUCACAGGACCACACCGUCACCCCACCGUCACAGGACCCAUCCAGGACCCUCAGGACCUGUCACAGGACCCCACCACCGUCACAGGGACCCCACCGACAGUCGUCACCCCCCACAGUCACAGGACCCCACACAGACCCCUUCAUCAGGAACCCGUCUCACAGGACCCCACCCCAUCAUUUAGUGUCAACUCCCUUCACUUAUUCACCUUCAUCUCCUAAAACACUCAAGAACAAAAUUAGGUGGCAGGACCAGACGUCACAGGCGUGA